UUUGUUUCAAUAAUCAUAUCAAUUCUUCAUGGCAACUCGAACAAGUAUAUCUUCAACAUCAACUUCAAAACGACCGUAUUCAAUGGAGAAUGGAUUCUCUCAAACCAAACGCAAUCAUACCUUCUCAAGACCACAUCCUACUUUUUCUCCUCAUCGACGUGUUUCUCUCACUAGUUCUUCUACUGGCCGACGAUCUUCUUCAAGAACUAUACUUGAUGCUGUGGACAAUCAUUCUGUACAUUCCAAUACCACCAACAAAAAUACCUCUACUGACGACGUGAUCAAUGAAGCAAAAACUCAUUUACAAGAUAUGCUUGGAAGAGAAAAGUUAGCCAAUGAACGUGCAUCCAUGAUGGAAUUGGAAAGGGAUGAACUACAAAGUAAGAUGGCCGAUUUAAAGUCUUCUUAUCAGCAAAGAAUACAUAUCUUGGUGGAUGAACUCGAACGGUACAAGAAGGCAGCCAAUUCAUCUGAUCAUCUGACAAAUUUGGAAGAACAAAUGCAAGAUAUGAAGCUUCGUUUAGCCAACAAGGAUAAUAGGAUCAAUGACUUGGAAAACAAGCUGAUGGAAUCAGAAAAGCAAAGGGGGGAAGAAGCGGCCGAUACAUCUGAUCAUCUAACAAAUCUUUGGACAUACAAAAGCGACAUGGAAAAGCAAAUGAAGGACACACAACAAGAACUGAUGGAAAAAAAAAACCGCAUUACGAAAAUGGAAAUUUUGACACAGGACUUGGAUGAUCAACUACAACAAUUCAAAUCUGAAACCAAACACAAAUCUGCUCAACUGGAAGAACUGAAGAAACAAUUGGAGAACCAGGAAGCUACUCUUCAACAACGAGAAGCACAACAAAGGAUGAUGGAAAAGGAUCGCAUAUCAGAAUUGGAACUCUUAACUGAAGACUUGAAUGACAAACUACAACAACUCAAAUCUGAAACCGUACACAAAGCUGCCCAGUUGGAAGAUAUGAAGAGACGACUAGCGGAUAGGGAAGCUACUCUUUCUCAAAUGAAGGAUACUGAACAAAGGCUGAUGGAAAAGAACGAUCGCGUAUUAGAAUUGGAACUAUUGACGCAAAACUUGGAUGAUCAACUACAACAGCUCAAAUCUGAAACUGUACACAAAUCUGCUCAAUUGGAAGACAUGAAGAAACGAUUGGUAGACCGGGAAGCACAACAUGAAAGUCAGGAGGCUAAAUGGAAUAUCAAUAUGGAUGAAAGACUUGAGGAUGCAAUGGCAAGACAUCGAUCGCAAGAAAACAAGCUGAAGAAAGACCUGAUGACAAAAAUGGAUACCAUAAGGCAACUGCAAACUGACAUUGAAAAGCUUGAAAACUGGGUACAAGAAAAGGAUGAUUUGUUGGAAUCAAGUGCUGCUGAUAUUGCUCAUCUACGAAGAACACUGACAGAACGAGAAGGUUAUAUCACUCGAUUGCAACGGGACAAGUCUCAUCUCACAUCCACUUUACAGAUCGCUCAAAACAAGUCAUUGAUAAUGGUAGAAAAAGAUGAACGUAUAUCGGAUUUGGAAACAGCAAUGUCUAAGGUGGGUGUUCAGCUCGAUGAUAUGAAACAAACGAUACACAAGAUGUACUAUGAAAAGACAUCAAUGAAGGAACAAUUAGCCCGGGUCCAAGAAGAACUUGAUGCUGUCUCACAGGAACGCGAUGCACUCUCAAGGCAACUGGAAGAAGCACGAAUGGAAUUGGAUCAGCAGUUAUCACGCGAUAAACAGCAACAACGUCAAACUAGAGAAAAACAAGAACAACUGGAAUCACUGAAAAGGAAACAUGUUGGUACUUUGAACGAACUGGAAUCACUGGAAAAGAAAUAUGUGGGUGUUUUGAAUGAACUAGAAACAUUGGUGGCAUAUACUCAUGAUCUGGAAGAAAAAGUCAAAGAAAUGGAACAAGAAAACAAGGUCUUCCAAUCAUCCACUACCAUUUUAGAAGAAAAAGUCAAAGAAAUGGAACAAGAAAACAAGAUCUUACAAUCAUCAGCCGCCAUGAUGGAAGAACGAGCCAAGAGGAUCAGUCAGUUGGAAACAACGGUGGAAGGUAUUCGUGGUCAACUAUCCAGUGCUAUCGAUCAUCGACGUGAUGUGGGUCAGAAACAUGCCAGUUUAUUGGAUGAACUACAGAAUUGGAAAAGUAAAGCGGAAAGGUUAUUUGAAUAGUCUUUUAUUUUUAUUUUUAUUUUUACUUUUUACUUUUUACUUUUUACUUUUUACUU